UUCAGUAAAUCGCCCGUCACAGACUUUAUUCGUAGCCGUACUCUAGUCUAGCGAGAGAAUUUUUAUCGAAAAGUCCGCUUUUAAAAAAGAAUAGAUGUAAAUCAACAAGCUAAUAUUAUUUUUUCUGGAAAAUAAUAGUGUGACAAGCUAUUUUCUCAUCAUGACAUCGAAUAAUAACCUCACAACCCUGCCUAGACAAUCAUGGGUCGACAUAGAAUUUCAAGAUUUGACCUAUUCAGUACCCCAAGGAAGAAAAGGCUGUAAAUUAAUCUUAAAGAAUAUAAGCGGCCACUUUGCCGCAGGUCAGCUAACGGCUAUUCUCGGUCCAUCCGGUGCGGGGAAGAGUACAUUACUUAACACGCUAGCCGGAUACAAAAGUGGUACGGCAAGUGGGCAAAUCCUCAUCAAUGGCAAGCAAAGAAACGUGAAAAAAUUCAGGAAUCUCUCGAGGUAUAUAAUGCAAGAAGACGUGGUCCAACCCAUGCUGACAGUAGGCGAAGCCAUGAUGGUAGCUGCCAAUUUAAAAUUGGGCAAGCGAAUAACACAAACAGAGAAAGAAAAAACCAUAGAUGAAGUACUAUUGCAACUAAAUCUUCAGCAUACCUUCAGUACCAGAACGACAAUGCUGUCAGGUGGUGAAAAGAAGCGUUUGUCUAUUGCUUUGGAACUGCUAAAUAACCCACCUGUGUUGUUCUUGGAUGAACCUACCACAGGUUUAGACGAUUUGUCAUGUAUGCAGUGCGUAAAUCUACUCAAACAAAUCUCGGAAGGUGGAAGAACGAUCAUAUGUUCGAUACACACGCCAAGUGCCAAAAUGUUCUCUAUUUUCGACAAAGUCUACAUUAUUUCAGCUGGACAAUGUAUAUACCAAGGAUACGGACCUAAUAUUGUACCGUAUUUAGCCAAUAUUGGUUUGGAGUGUCCUAAGCAUUUCAAUCCUGCAGAUUUUGUGAUCGAAGUAGCUUGCCAGGAAUACGGAAAUUUCCAAGACAGACUUACGUCCUCGAUUGACAAUGGUAAAAUUACCUAUUCCACAGACUUAGUUAAGAAAGCAACAACAGAAACGCCAAAAAAUGUUGAAAAUACUACAAGUGACCAUUUCCAGAUAGUGGAGCCCGAUUAUAGUUUUAAUGAAAAAUCGGACUGGUUUACACAAUAUAAAAUAUUAUUGUUACGAAUGUGGAAGCAGAUGCUAAGAGAUAAAAGUUACCUCGUCCUCCGAACCUUGUUGUACAUACUAAUCGGUAGCCUUAUAGGCAACCUCUACCUUGGAAUGGGCAGGGACGGUUCAAAAACCAUUUUCAAUUUUGGGUUUUAUUUCACGUGCCUUAUAUUCUUCAUGUAUAUUCCUAUGAUGCCAGUAUUGUUACAAUUUCCCAAAGAAUUUCAACUAAUAAAACGCGAAUACUUCAACAAAUGGUAUAGACUAAGCGCAUAUUUUGCCGCACUUACCACCUCAACGUUACCCAUUCAACUAGGCCUGGGGUCGGUCUACGUUAUUCUGGUCUACACCCUGUCCGAUCAGCCUAUGGAAUUUGACAGGUUGACGCAUUUUUACUUGAUCUGCAUGCUAACGGGAGUCAUAUCUGAAAGUUUUGGAUUGUUGAUAGCGUCUCAUCUUAGUUUAGUGAACAGUAUGUUUGUGGGUCCAGUCCUAGCCGUACCCCUCAUGCUCCUAGCCGUAUACGGUUUCGGCAGCGGCUACAGCAGCAUCCCCACCCUAAUCAAGAUAGCCAUGUACUUUAGUUACCUCCGAUACUCCCUAGAGGCUCUGAUUCACACCAUGCUGAUCGGCAGAGAUAAGCUAAAAUGUCCAGAAGACGCCGAUUUCUGCAUUUGGACCGAUUUGGAGAACUUCAUGGUAGACAUGGGCAUUGAAAACACUAUAUUGUGGGUGGAUAUAGUUGCUCUGGUGGUUGCCUACGUUAUAUUUAGGGGCGGGUCAUAUUACCUACUCAAACAACGACUUACCCCUAACAAAACCUUUAGGGCGUUGGGUUACAUUGGUAGAAUAGUGAAGUCUCACAUAGGACGAUGAUAAGUGCUGUGUUAAGUAGAUUUGUAAAGAAAGUGUUAACCAAAGAAUCGGAAUUAUUGUUAGGAGAAUUUAAAAAUACGUUUAUACGGUGUUGUUGCAGAAUUUAGAUGUUUUUUUACCAUUAAGAAAUAUUUUAUGUUAAUUUAUAAGACUAUUUUUUUGAUGAAGUUUUUUAUUGAUAACGAAAUAGGAACAUCACAUAUCUGUGUUAAAUUAGUGAGUCAAAAUGUAUUAAUUUUUUACCAUCUUAUUUAUGUCGUUUUUAAGAAAUUUUAUACAGGGUUGUAAAAGUGAAAACACUUAAAAAAAUUAAGAGAAAUAAUCCAUAAGACGGAUUAAUAUCAUUGCAAACUUUUGUUUGGAUUGGUCAAAAUUCAUAAUAAAAUAAUAUCUGUAUUAAAGUACAUGUAUAAAAUAUUUUGGAACCAACAUAUAGUAGCAAAAUAUAAACAAAGCAUUUUUCUAUUUACUGGUUUAUAUGACCAUAGACUAAAUAUAUUCCUUUUUUCGAGAUUUGACAUCUUUGAUCCAAUAUAUAUAUUGUUCUUCAUAUAAACAUAAAAAGAGUAUUAAAUAAAUAAGUAUCUCUAUUUACGGAAAAUCAUUUAUGAACUACGUUAACA